AUGCCAUCUGGUCGCCGACAUCGUAAAACGAAGAAGGUAGCAGUUACGGACCCGAAGUGGGAGCGGAAACCGAACAAACGCCUUAUACGGAUUCGAGAACCGUCAGAAGAACCCGAGGAUACACGGCCUUCGAAGAAAGUCAAGCGUGAGAGCAGGCCCGAGCCAAUCGCAAACAGCGACAACGAAAAAGCAAGCGAAGUAUCCCGUCCGAAUUCCUUGUCGACUAUCCCUAUGGAACUUUUUCGACAGAUUGCAUCAUACGUCAGGCCCCGGGACCUUCUAUCGCUCUCAAAGACGAACAAAGCACUUCAUCUAUUACUGUGGUCUCGGAGCUCGCAAUCCAUCUGGAAGGAUAUCUGGAGCAACCACCCGGUGGAAUUGAGAGACUGCCCCGAGGACUAUCCUGAACCGGCGUGGAUAAAUCUCCUCAUGGGGAAUACGUGCUGGGUCUGUGGCGCGAAAGACGCGAAGCGGGUUGACUUCAAUGUGAGGCGUCAAACGUGUUUAUAUCCGAGUAAAUGUGUCACAGCUGGGCUUGUUCAAAAAAAAGAAGCAUUGAAAAUGGGUAUUGAGGAAGACUGGCUUUGUUCAGCGAUCGUCCACACUGCCUGGCGUGAUCCGGCUACGGCCACUAGUCACUGGGGUUUCACUCCCUACUGGAAUCCAAAGGACAUCCGUUCCCUUCAAGCCGAACUCAAAACAUUUGAGGAGAACAUGGAAAAGGAGGGUCUUACAGAGGAAAUGAAGGCGAAAGCUAGGGAGCAGCUUCGAGAGGAGAAACAUUGGUAUCGAUACGAGCGAGACAGGCUGGCGGGAUACGAAACCUCCUGGUACAAUGGCGAGUAUGGAGGGCAGCCUGGAGAUGGGUUACUCUACGACCUCAGUCCUCGGCCAUCCCACUUGUUCCGCGCGCAGGGUUAA